AACAGCGACGCUGGCGGUGGCGGCAAAGACGGAACGGCGCGUCAAAUGCCGUCGACGUCAUGCGACUGCUGCACCUGCGGCAGCAGCUGAGUAGCGCGACUAAAACAUCUAUGUGCAGCAAGUUGACUAGUAGUUAUUUUCGCGCAUGUGAAGAAGAUUGGCGGCAGCGACGAGAACAAACGCAAGAGACCAGCGACAGUGACUCAAACGACGGUUGCCGCUAUCAGCGAUACGGAUAGCGACGGCAUGGGCACGGGUACAAUUACUAUCGAUUGCCUAGGUCAAGUACAAAAUAAUUGACAGCAUUAUAUGGCUAGAACUUCAAUCAUUACUUCUACAGCAUUGAUAAAUGCUAAUAUUGAAUUAAUACGAGCUAGCCGCGCUGAUAUUGCCAGCUGUACGUUGGUAUCAGUACAGCCGCCAUGAUUGUGACUGGAUUCGACCGCUACUGCGGCUACCGUUGAAUAGCGUUGAACUUUGACCGCGAGCUUUUGUCAUCUCUCCUGCACCUGCCACAAAUGACAACACGGACGAAGUGACUGGCAUGGACAAAAGGCAAUCGUAUAUACGUUUGUAAAUACAAAGAAGCAGAGUUACAAGUAAACAGAAAACGAAAAGGAAGAAAGACUAGUCAGACAAUGGCUGAUUGAUAGUUAAGUCCUGCCCAUCAGUGUUAUAUUGUACAUCUGCGAUCAUCGUUGUGGCUUUUUUAUGGUGAUAGUGAUGAUCGCAAUAACCGUUAUCGGUCGGCCUAGCAAUUUUACCUCAGCCGAUAAGAACCCUGAUAAUUUUGGCGGACGGAGAAAUCGAUGACAUUAACGAAGAAAGUUCGGUGGAAGUGAAUGAAUCAACAGCAGUGAAGAAGGGGAACGGCAGAAAGUAAUCUAUAAUGGCACCCAUAGUACCGAUGUCCACGCUACCACAACGCUUCAACAUAGAAUGAAAAAGUGGAAAGCGAAUUUAAAUUGCUUAGUGUCUCGCAAGCAAACAAAACAGGAUUCGCGGUAUGAGCAAUGUCGACGAUGUCUAUCGCCGGUCGCCGUUGUUGCUGACAGGCAAUUCAGUCAAGUUAAUCUGAUCCGAAAAGCACGAAGAUAAAGAACAAAAGGAAAAAAAUUAGAAGACUCUCUUACAGUCCUAUGACUUUCAGCUCGGUAUUUUCAAAAUCAUCGUAAAAACGUAGACAAAAAAUAGUUCAAUUGCCCCCUUCGGAUGCGGCUGUUGGGACACACACAGGCUAACUUUUAACUGGUGUUAUUAUGGAUUACGCUUGUAAUUCUGUCGUCUAGAAAUACUGUUUGUUCAGCGAUGCCAAUACUCUUCGCAAUCCAGCUAUGUUAAUUUGCUGUUAGCAACAUAUUACUCCGUGAAGAGAACGUGGCUUAAGUUCAAGGGCAGUUCUGAUUUUUCGGUAUGUAGAGUUGACCGUGUGUUAGGGACGUACCGGAAUGCGUGAAAGCGCACGUGCAAGUUUAAAGCGUAGACCGAAACACGGGACGUGAGCUAAGGCAUACGGUUACGUUUCCCACACGCCGAUAAAGCUGUGUGUAAUACAUCAGAGGGUUGGCAGAUCUGCGACUUCUAAUUCCAGUACCGUUCUUCCGUUAGUGCCACAUUAAAAAGAUUCGACUCUGAGGUUGAUUGUAGCAGAGAAGAAAACGAAUUAAAGUGAAGUGAGUGCCGACUGUAAAACUUUGUUUCCGUAUAUUAUGCGUCAACCUGCCGUCUUGGUUUUCCGAUCGCUUCAGCUGAAUAGUUCUGAGUUUGUUAUUUGUUCACACGUUGAUUUUAUCAUACUUCGAGACAUCUUAAUGUUAUUUCAUUGCGGUCGUACUGAAAACGAGGUAUCGUGAACGACGAGUCAGGCGACACGCUGACUAGCUGAAACAAGAGACAGAGUCAGGGUUUCUGGCCGGUGUUCAGUGUUCGAACGCUGCGCCCAGCUACUACAAUGGGUUGUACGGGAACGAAACAUUUCUUCAUGAAGAAGGAGUGCAAGGCCCUGCAGAAGAAGGAGGUUAUGGGCAGUGCAGAAAGAGCAAUGAAAGCGGCCUUGCUCAUACAGCGGUGGUAUCGACGUUACUUAGCGCGUCAGGAGAUCCGCAAACGAUGUUCGUGGAAUAUAUUUCAGAGUCUGGAAUACGCUGGCGAACAAGAUCAGAUGAAACUUCAGAAUUUCUUUCAUGAUCUACUGACUCAUCUGUCAAACAUCAAACCUUCGGUAGCCGCCGCCAUAUCAAACCCGAAUCCGGCAGCAUCCCUGAGAGGCCUUGAACCCCUACCAAAGGACCAACUACGUCUCGCAGCUGCCGAAGCGGAACUCUACCGGAACACUGAUCCAAAUGAAAUUAUCGUCGAAGAGACCUACAGAGGAGCUCAUCUUGAGCCGCCAUUCACCUCGCAACAUGUCAACCAGCUAAUUCAAUCCUUUAAGGAAAGAAGGACGUUACAUGCAAGGUACGUUCUUACCAUUAUCCACGAGGCGCGAUAUUUUCUACGGCAGAUGCCUAAUCUAUCAACUGCAUCAACCGCUUUUGCCAAGCAGAUCACCGUCGUUGGUGAUUUGCACGGAAAACUCGAUGAUCUACUAACAGUUUUUUACAAGAAUGGCCUACCGUCAAAGGACAACCCGUACGUGUUCAACGGCGAUUUUGUCGAUCGUGGCAUUCACUCCGUCGAAGUUUUAAUGCUGUUGUUACUUUGCAUGCUCGUGUGGAAGGACUGCGUUUUCCUCAACCGUGGCAACCAUGAAGACUUUAACGUUAAUCUUAGGUAUGGAUUUUUAAAGGAGAUAAUGUACAAGUACACGCGUCAGGCACCAAAAAUUAUUCAGGCCACUGAGGAUCUUUACAGCUGGCUUCCGCUGGGGACGCUGAUUGACAAUAAGGUUCUUGUUGUUCAUGGCGGUGUCUCGUCGACUACUGAUUUGAAGGCAAUCGCUACCGUUGAUCGUCAUCAGUUCGCUACGGUGCUUCAGGCUCCAGGACAGCACUCUAACUACACCUAUAGGGAGUGGCGACAGGUGGUCGAUUUACUGUGGUCGGACCCCCGAACACUGAACGGAUGUCAACCUAAUAAUCUCCGUGGAGGUGGUUCGUUCUUCGGUCCCGACGUGACAGAGGCGUUCCUCAGGAAGUACGAUCUACAGCUGAUUAUACGUUCACACGAGUGCAAAGUUGAUGGAUAUGAAUUCACUCAUAACGGAAAGGUGUUGACUAUUUUCUCUGCGUCGAACUAUUAUGAUGUGGGUAGUAACCGGGGCGCAUAUGUGAAAUUGUGUGGUCCUAAGCUUGUUCCGCAUGCCGUCAUGUUUGUCAGUACCGCGCAGACGCGGAAGGCCACCAUUCAACAGAGGAGUGGACUAAUGGAGCAUAGUGCACUGCGGGAAUUGAAGCACCACAUUUUUGCGUGUCAGUCAUUACUUAAAAAAGAGUUUCAGCGAACCGAUCCAAAUAAGACAGGAACGGUGAAAGUUAGCGACUGGUGCGAUAUCAUGGAACGAACAGUUGGUCUAAAGGUUACAUGGCGCCUGUUAUGCCCUAAGAUAGCGCAGGUGGAUCCUAUUCAGGGCCUGGUUCAUUACGAAAGCACGUUCGACGAGUACUACCUAACAAACGCACUUGCUCAGGGUGGACCUACUUUCCUUGAGAGUCUCUAUAGAAACAAAGAAGCGCUAGAAACAAUCUUCCGUAUAAUGGAUAAAGAUGGCUCCGGGUUGAUAUCGAUGCAAGAAUUUCAGGAUGCGUGUGAUCUUUUAGGCCAACAUGCCGAACAACCAAUGAGCAGAGAGCACAUCGAGCAGCUGGCCAAAUCAAUCGACAUCAACAAAGAUGGAUUUAUCGACUUCAACGAGUUUCUUGAAGCAUUCCGUCUCGUUGAUAAGACGCCAUCGCUCGAUGAGAAAUCACCGGAUCAAGAGGACAGGGACUCAUUUGACCAAAGCAGGAACCUUCAGGAAAGUAACGGGGGCAUUGAGAUUACCAAGCUCUGAGCAAACGACAAUCUCGUCCCGCGUUCGCACGGCUACUUUCGUUGAGAUCUAUGCCCCCUCAUCUUCACUGACCACACGAUAUAACGUUGCACAGUUGAUUGAUUUAGUGGCCAGUGCGGCUGGAGUGGGUAGGCUCAUGAAAAGGGCUUGGCAGUGAUGUCCUUCUUAGAUGCGUCAGGAUCAAAUUCGCAAUAUAGUACGGGUUUUCGCACAACACGCGGUAUUCACACGUUGCCUAGUAGCUAUACGGAAAUGACAAUAGCGUAUAAAAAUAACGAGACGAUAUUUUAACGCAAGAAGACACUUACCUAGAAGAAAAAUAUGGGAAUCUAGUGAACUUUAUUCUGUAAGGGUCACGUACAAGCCGUUACAGAGUGAACAAGCUAAAUAGCUGUGAGAUCUAAGCAAUGACAAUGAAGAGAAAUAUUUUAUCGCUCUCCCACGUUACGGGGCUAACCUAUGCCUUGAUGAGGUCAUAUAUAACAAGUAUGUUUGCCCUGUGCGCUGGCGGGUCUAGGUGUUUUACUAACGCUAAUUAAAGCAACCUUGGCAAGCAGAACCAGUGCAUACUAGGAAGCAGUUAAAUAUAUUUGGAGAUAAAUAGCCAUAGUUCUCACGUCAUCAUCGUCCAGUAAGGAUCUUGUCCAUCUUAUAAUUUCUAGGUUAAAAUGUCGUCAACUGAUGCAAAAACAACAAAGGUUGGCCAUCAUACUUGAGUAUAAAUUAACGGUGUUGAUGUCUCACCAAACCAUACACGAUUUGCAUAAGGCAUACUUCUGUGCUCUUUUAUGGCCUGCUUUCCAGAAAAGGUUUUAGAAGGCAAUACUUGAACACGUGUUUAGUACAAAAAUGCCUGCGCUUCUGUUUAUUUACGGUCUGCUUCUUGAAUAUAGCCCAAUUAAUAUAUAUACAAGAGAUCGCAAUAGACACAUAUUUGAUAUUUAGAAUCGUCAGACAAGCUAAUUCUGAGAAAAAGGAUAGUAGAACAAAUCAGAACUGCUAUACUCCUCCACUGUUAGGGUUCUGUUAGUGCGCGAAAAAGCAACCCUUUCUACUAGCUUAAGCCGAACACCAUGAUCAAGAUAGAAAUCAGCACUCGGGCAACUGUUAGCCAGCUGUUAUCUGAGGAGCAAAUCAUGUGAUAGCCAGCCACUCUUAGCCGUGUGGCGUCUACAGGAAUUCAAGGGACUCUGCUAUCUUUUGCGGCAGUGGUCCUGCAGUAAUGGUGACAAGGUUCAUCAUCUCCACGUUCUAGCUCUUAGAGUUCCCUUUGCACACGUGUUUGUUUCGCAGAACAAAUCAUAGAUAUAACAAGCAUGCCCUACCUUUACUGUCAUGCCGUGCCGUACGCUUAUGACGUCUCCCCUCUGUAUUCGCAUGGUUUACUUUACGUGUUGACUACGAGCGCGGCAAGGAGAGAUCAAAGAUAACAGCCGAAGAAAGUAAAUGCAGUACGAGGAAAUGAUGACAAAAUGGUGGUGCCGCUUGUCCCAAAGUCAUCGUAGUUUAUAGGCUGGAUCAAAGGGGCCAAUUCGUUUCAUCACGUGCAUUUAUAAAAUAAUAAGUACUUCUAACAUGAUAUUGUUAUGACAUUACAUGCCUCUCAUUCAUGCAUAUAGAAGGACCAUAUAUAUAUACGCGCUGAUAAUGUGUUUUGCGUAUGGGCGACAUAAGCGACCGGGAAAACAAAUACGGUCCGUUCUAUUAUUACUAUUGAAUAUAUGUGUACGUAAAUAUGUAUGUAUAUAUAAGGUAGUGAGCAAAUACAACACAUGUUCCGUAUAUGCUUGCCUACAUGACAGUUAUUAUAUAUUAUGGUUAGUAUCCGAAAAACCAAAAGCACUAUAGUUAAAAUCAGUCCACCAGCGAUGAGCUGUCUGCGAUCGAUCGCGCACCGAGAAACUCGACAUAUAUUAGCGACAUUUGUUGCGUCUUCUGGAUAUGACCAAAUGAUCGCACUACUCAGUUUCCUAUAGUAAGUAUUAUUUUUAGUGUUAUUUUAAUUGUUAUUAUUACUGUUAAAGUGGUUAAAUCACGAACUCUGUGACAAAGUAUAUUAUAGUUUCGACACACAUCGGAUUGCUUUUUUGAUUGCUAGACUGGGCAGCAAAACAGGUUCCGCUACAGGUUUUUCUCUCUAUGACUUGCCGUUAUCACUGUGGUCGCUACGCUGGAAGGCCAUAAGAUGCAGUCAAAUCAUCGGCGCUAAGUCAAUAAAAUUUCUACUUCCUAAGGAUUACUAUUGAGUAUUUGCGUAUAUGAUAAACGAAUAGUUAUCUUAAUGAUUGUCAAAAAGAUAACCUUGUGGCAGUGCAACUGAUUUUCGCCCAAAGUGUUUGUUAGAUAAAGCUAUACGGUUCUAUCUCCCCGUGUGGCAUAUUAGUAAAAGGGGGCAAUUUCCCUAAUUUCUGCUGGUAUAAAGAUAUGUCGAGAUGCGAUAGGUCAUUGUCGUCAAUUGUGCUAAUCUCAAUCAGUAGUCACCUUUGAGCCGAUUUCAUCGGUAUCUUAAUAAUAGCAAAAAUGUCUGUGGGAGUGAAAGAUAUGCGUCGGUGUAGCGUGAUAAAUACCAACUAAGAUACGUCCUUUACAGUUGAUGUGACAGUUAUCAAUACCAUUCUUAUUCCUAUCUUAGCGUAACGCUAUUGUAGCUCAGACGUAGCUGACGUCACUUUAUUUCGUGACGAAGCUCGUUACGUUUAUUUGCGAAUGAACACGAAAUCUCAAUGGCUUUGUUAUCGCAGAUGAGAAGUUCGCCGUACACCUCUAUUCUAAACGGACAGAAGAACACGUUCGCAGGCACUUGUGCGCUCACUGCCUCAGGUUUAUAAACAAACCCGAAGAGAUCAGGUGCGUAGAUGUAAAUAAAGAAGCCGGGUACAGCGAAACAUGAAAAAUCGAAAAAAAAAAAAAAGGAGAGCAAUUGAGAAACAGAGCCACGUAGUCAGUACUCGAUCAAAUAUAGUAAGUGGCACAAGAAGUUGUGUUCCUCAAUAAAUUUAUUUAUUUAUUAUAAUGUCAUAUUAGAAAAUAAAUUACGAGCUAAAGAUCUGCGGGUUUGGGAGGUUUUAUACACGUUUCGAAGCGCUUGAAUUUCGUCUGAAAUUCGAUUGAUACAUCAGCAAUCAGGGCGUUCACGAUAACUACAAAAGUGCUGUAUGACUUCCGCUGUUUUUUUUGCACUAUAUAUAUAUAUAUAUAUAUAUAUAUAUAUAUAUAUAUACAUAUAACAUAAUUGCUAUCCUGCGAUACUAUGACACAAAGAAAUGGCUCCCCAGCCAUACCAAAAAGCAAGACGCACUUGUAAAUAUGAAGUGACCAAUUGGGCAGGUAACAAAUAAUUUAGGAUAUCUUUUGCUGUCAUUGUAUCAUCGUUACGUCUAUCUUCAUCCUUACCACUAUCUAUGGACCUAGUUAUCUCAUAUUUAUAAUAAAAUAGGAUAACUUAAAGGAAAAGUGCUAUGGUAAUAAUUCCCGCUGGUCCACUCACGAGUCGGCUUGGAUGCUGCACCAGAGCUCGACCAAUGCUGAAUGUGUUAUAAUGGAAAUGUGUUAUUGCACCGAACCUAUUAUUCUUCUUCUCCUCCUACACUUCUGCUCAUCGAUUUUCGUUCUGAAUCAAGGCUUUUGUGUUGACGUUAUGCUGGCAUACCAUGAUGGAUACAUAUAUUUAUAAAUGAAAGAAAACAGUUAUGCUUAAAUUAUGAGUGUUGUUUCGCUGGACGCCUUUUAGCUAGCAUUCAGAAUGCUAAAUAGGACAAGACCUGACUUUUGUCUGUUGGAGCUCGUAUCAAUCCGUUCGAAAACGCAAGACGGCUUUUCAAGGAAAGGUAAAUACGACGCUAAAAAAUUAUGCUGACAAUGUUGUACGAUAAUCAGGUUUGUUGCCACCAGUUUUGCCUUCUGCUGCACGACCGUACAUUUAAUACCAAUCGUCAAUUAUGUAGUCAAAUAAUCAAACCAUGACGACUAUAUGAAAUAGACUUAGCUAAAACAUUAUUAUAAAUGGAAUCAAACUAUCCAAUCCAAAAGGAUCGGGCUAUCUAAAGUUUUUUUUGGACACAACUAGACGUUAUCUGCAAAUCUCGUUUGUAUACACCUGAUACAGGAAGCAAUGGAGCUGGCAAAAACGCUAAUUUCUACCGCAUAUAAUAUACACACCACUGCGAGAGUCAAAUACAAAACACACACAUAUAUAUAUAUAUAUAUAUAUACAUACAAGUAAAUAGAGAAAAAGGAGAAUAGAUACAUGUUGCAUAACCGUACAGAUAGUAUUGUAUCAUACUACAAACAAACUAACAGAUACACAUGUCAUCCAUACGUUUGAUUGUCCUUAUACCACCGCGGCGUUUGUACCUUGUAAAGAAUACUUUUAAGUAUAAUAGCAGUAUAUAUACAUUUGUAUAAUGAUUACAAUGGAAGAAGGA